GUUGGGAACGAAGGAGGGACAACUCGACGACGACGGCAAGAUGACGAUACGUCUGUCAGAAGAUCAUGUAUCUAAUGCGUUUCAUGUCUAUCUCAAAUCGUCCCUUACUCAAGCCAAAGCCGAGAAUCUGCUUGACACCGAGCUUCUCAGCAGCGCGGAAGCCGACAUCAUGAUCACAGGGCCAGCAUUGUGCCUAUACUUUGCAGCGCUUCGAUGCACUACCUCGCCGCCAUCGGUUCCGCUUCCGCGAUCAGGCAAGCAAGAUGGCCCUGUAGACCUCACAGCGGACAACUGCCCAAGACCAUUUAUCGGUUUCUUAGAGACAUGGGCGCGAGCAGUCCCGGAAAUUCAGACUCUUGCUCCAGAAUAUCAGCAUGAUCUUGCGCGUAUCAUUUGUGGGCUUGAGCCGCUCACAAGCCCAUUACAUCCGGACUUAAAUCGCAUCGCUUCGGAACUUCGUGCGGUUGCGAUUGAAAUAAGCCAGCGUCGCUCAUUCCAAGAUCGGUAUGCAUCUGACCUUCAGGCGGCACUGGAUGCCCAGGACGGAGCAGCGGGAAGAGGACGACGUGUUGCAAGCUUUGUCCCUCCACCUCAAUACGAUCCAUCUCCAUCUCCAUCGCCAAAUAGCCAGACAGUACACCUACCCCCUACUUCGCCUUCCCGGUCAGAAUUUCUGUCUCCCACUUCUCCAGGUUAUGGCAGUUCACCCCAUUCACACCCUAAUUCGCGCACUCAUGCACCUGCUAUUCAACUUAUUCGUGAAACACUAUAUGCAUCUCUUGCGGAUGUUCUUACUCGCUACCACCAUGUGCGCCGACUACUUAAGAGUGAUCCACCUCGAGCAUACUUCGCUGCAGUUGCUCUUGCUAUUCUUGAUGUCGCAUCCACACGUACCCGCGUACUUCCCUCGGCACACGCUGGUGCCGAACAAGAGGUUGAGGUUGAUGGUGUCCUUGGCGCCCAUCUGACACUCGCAGCAUGUCCACGCCCGUUACAGCCAUUUAUGCGCGAACUCGGCAUGAUCGGUGCAGCAGUCCGUGCCGCCGAAGAAGAAGAUACGGUUGUGGCUCUUGAAGCGUUGACAAACGAUUCAAGUGCAGUGCUUCUUACUCCACGAAUGGAUCGUGUUCGCCGCAUGCUCGAGCGUGGUAUCGGCUCCGAACAUAGGCGGCACCGGUCGUCUGGGCCCGCUACCACGACAGAUGAAGAGAGCGAUGAUGACGACGCACGGGAUUCGGAGCAAGAGCGACGAAGGCGAAGCGUUGAAGGUCGUGCUAUUGCGCUAGCUAACCGUAUUAACUCUCUUGCGUUAGGAAUGUCGAAGCUGCGUGCAUUCCGUGAUCGACAGAAUGAAAUCUUCAAGAUUCUCGCUAGUGUUACUUCUUGAUUGUGUUUUUUUAGCUGAAUGUAUUCCUUUGGGACAUUGGAUGCCGGGCGACGGAUGUCCAGAUUGUUGUACUGAAUAACCGUAUUCGCUUAUCUUUCUUCUCGUUAUCGUCUCUAAUUUACCAUUUUAGCAUUUCUUAAUACUGCUGUAGCACUUUAUCGACAGAAGUUCCUUUGGGGUGUACCCGCAUAUUCCGUCUUCAUCUUACUGAUUGGCCUUAUCUGUAGGCCCA